AUGAGUUCCUCUAAUGUCCCUUCCAAAGCUGCUAGCCGUUUAUCUACCAAUUAUGGAUCAGAAGAUUUCAAGGAAAUGCACAAAAAAUAUAGAGAGAUGAUAACAACUCUUCCUAGACGAGAGCCACAUCAUGAUGUUCAUGAUGUCUACCAAUAUCAAGGCUUUUGGUACCCUAUACCCUUCUUAGAAUCAGCUUUAUGUAUGCAAGAAAACUUCAAUGCUCAACCCUCUGAUAUUUUCCUUUGCAGUGUUCCAAAAACAGGUACCACUUUGCUUAAAGCCCUAACCUUCUCCAUUAUGACUAGACAUAUGUUUCAUCACAAUGAUCCAAAUAACCCUUUAUUCAAUAAGGUACCUCAUGAAUGUCUACUCUUCCUGGAAUUUGAUUUUCUCCACAAUCCUGAACUUGUAGACACCAGCUUGCCAUUAUUAGCCACACAUCUUCCUUACAAUGUCUUACCUAAAUCUAUAUUACAAUCAAAUAAUUGCAAGAUCAUUUAUAUAUAUAUAGAGAACCCAAAGAUACGUUGGUUUCUUUGUGGCAUUUCUCACAAAGGAUUGAAAAAGAAAAUUGUGGUACUAGUACCAUUACACUUGAUCAGGAAUUCAAGUGGUUUUGCCAAGGAAAAAGUGGAUAUGGACCUUAUUGGGAUCAUGUGUUGGAGUAUUGGAAAGCAAGUAUUGAGAUUGGAGUAUUGGAAAGCAAGUAUUGAGAGACCAGAUAGAGUGUUCUUCUUCAAAUACGAAGAUUUGAAGGAGGACACAUUGGGAUAUAUGAAGAAGUUGGCGGACUUCACGGAGAAACCUUUCUCUAAGGAGGAAGAAGCACAAGGUGUGCCUGGGGAAAUUGUGGUGCGAUAUGAUGAUGAAAUUGAUGAAACAACAUUCAUUGCCAUUGGAGAUUCAAACUUAGAUGAAGAGGAUGAGGCUUCUGGGGAGAAGGUAAAAGGAAGCAAAAAGCAUUGGUACUGGAUAAUGCUUGCUCAAGAAACAUGA